AUGUCAUCUGAAAAAUGGAACCGAGAACAUUUUCGUGCCAUAAUUUAUUACAACUUUCAGAGACAAUUAUCGCAACAAGAAUGCCUUGCUGAAUUACUGUCUGUGUUCGGCAACGAAACGUCACAUCAGUCGACAAUUUCCCGUUGGUAUGGAGAAUUCAAACGUGGACGGGUGAGUCUUAGCGACGAUUCCAGGGUGGGAAAACGUCAUGUGACAUAUCGCGCGAUUGAGGCGUCCUUGAAGAUUUCCAAUACCUCAAUUAAAAAAAUUUUACAUGAAGAAUUAGGAGUAAGAAAAUUAGUUUCUCGUUGGAUACCCCACCUGUUGACAGAAGAGCAGAAAGCAGCCAGGGUUAAUUGGCUCGGCUGUUGGGUGUUCCAAGGUGAAGAACAGCCAACAAAAGUCAUCCGUUCUCGACGUGUUUCGAAAAAUAUGGUCGCGACAUUUGUGUCAAAAGCGGGUCAUAUUGCAACAAUUCCUCUUAAUGAGCAAAGAACUCUUCGGAAAAUCAACCUCGAAAGAAGAGUCAUCCUACGCCAGGACAAUGCAAGCUCUCACACAGCCCAAAAAACAAGGCAGUAUUUAACGGAAGAAAACGUGGAAUUAUUGAACCAUCCUCCAUAUAGUCAGAAUCUAAGUUCUAACGAUUUCUUUACUUUCCCGAAAAUUAAAAACAGACUGCGUGGUCAAAGGUUCCAGUCACCAGAAGAAGCAGUUGACGCAUUCAAAAAUGCCGUUUUGGAUCUGCCAGCAAACGAGUGGAAUAAGUGCUUCGAAAAUUGGUUCAAGCGCAUGCAGAUGUGUAUUAAUCUUCGUGGAGAAUACUUCGAAAAACAAUAA